AUGACGUCACCGUACGGCUGCCCGAAAGACCGUAAGGCCUCCUUACGGCCGCCCUCCGCUGGGCGCCGCCAUCACCUUAGGUGGCUACGGCGCUGCCGGAUCGAGGAAGCGGCGCGGGAGGAGGAAAAGCGAGGACCGAGAGGAGCCCGCCAGUCCCCCUUUGCGUGUUUCCUGCCUUACUCGGCGCCUCUGAAGCCUCCCCCGCGGAGGGACCCGGAUUCCCCCAGCAGCGCCACCGGCCUCAAGGGGGGCUCCUGGAUCAUUUCCGGCUGCUCGGUGCUGCGCGACGGGCGCUCCAUCUUGGAGGAGUACGGGCAAGACCUGGAUCAGUUGGGCGAAGGCGACCGGGUGGGCAUUCAGCGGACAGCCGGCGGGGAGCUGCGCCUGUGGGUCAACGGGCAGGACUGCGGCGUGGCGGCCACCGGCAUCCCGCCCCGCGUCUGGGCUGUGGUUGACUUGUACGGCAAGUGUACCCAGAUCACUGUGGUGCCUGGCAACCCGGAGGAAGCGGAGGAGGGAGCUGCCCACGAUGAAGCUCUGGAGCCGCCUUGCAAUCAGACCCGGCCAGAUAAAUUUCCCAGCAGCCUGGAAUCGGAGAAUGGCUUCUCCAGCAUGGAGCUGUCAGAGGUUGUGAGCAAUGCCAUCCUGUCUGCCUACAACGGGAGCCUGCUGAACGUCAACUUGGGCAGCCCCCCCUCGGACUCGCCCCCCUGUGGGGCCCCGCCCAUGACCUCCAACGACGCCCUCCUCUUCCACGAGAAGUGCGGCACGCUGAUCAAGCUGAGCAACAACAACAAAACAGCCGAGAGGCGCCGGCCGUUGGACGAGUUCAACAAUGGAGUGGUCAUGACCAACCGCCCGCUGCGGGACAAUGAGAUGUUUGAGAUCCGAAUUGACAAGCUGGUGGAUAAGUGGUCGGGGUCCAUAGAAAUCGGGGUCACCACACACAAUCCCAACAACCUGGAGUAUCCGGCCACCAUGACUAACCUGCGCUCAGGAACCAUCAUGAUGAGUGGCUGUGGCAUUCUGACAAACGGCAAAGGGACGCGAAGGGAAUACUGUGAAUUCAGCUUGGAUGAGUUGCAGGAAGGUGACCACAUUGGCUUGACCAGGAAGUCCAACAACGCCCUUCACUUUUACAUCAAUGGCAUUGACCAAGGCGUUGCCACCACCCUCACCCCCUUGGUGGUCUACGGUGUGGUGGACCUCUACGGCAUGGCCGUGAAGGUCACCAUCGUGCACAACCAUAAUCACAGCGACCGGCUUCGGCGCAACAACGCCAUCAUGAGGGCACUCUCCCCUGAUGUGGGGCGCCGGGCCAUCGACGCAGCGGGCAAUGAGCCGGAGCUGGAACGUCUCCUCUUCCACCCAAAUUGCGGGCAGAAAGCUGCCAUCAUCAACGAGGGACGGACGGCACUACGGCCUCAUGCCACGGACGACUUUAACCACGGAGUAGUCUUGAGCAACCGGCCACUGCGGAAUGGCGAGGUCUUCCAGGUGCGGAUUGACAAGAUGGUGGACAAAUGGGCUGGCUCCAUUGAGAUUGGCGUCACCACCCACAACCCCACGUACUUGCAGCUGCCAUCCACCAUGACCAACCUGCGGUCAGGAACUUGGAUGAUGACCGGGAAUGGGGUGAUGCACAAUGGUACCACCAUCCUGGAUGAAUAUGGCCAUAACCUGGAUCGCUUAAAGGCAGGCGACACCGUGGGCGUUGUGCGGAAGGAGGACGGGACCCUGCAUUUCUUUGUCAAUGGCGUGGCGCAAGGCCCGGCUGCCUGGAACGUCCCACCAAACAUCUACGCCGUGGCGGAUCUCUACGGGCAGGCGGCCCAAGCAACCAUCGUGGAUGACACAGAUCUUCUUCCUCUUCCCGACGAUCUCUCGGAGGGAAACAACCAACUGUCCCCCAGCAGCCCGUCUUCCGUGGCUUCGGGCAGCGACCUGCGUUUCCACCACCUGCACGGCAACAAUGCCAUCAUCACGAACGGGGGGCGCACCGCCCUGCGCCAGAACUGCCGCAGUGAAUUCAACGACGCCAUCGUCAUCUCCAACCGGCCCCUCCGGGAUGGUGAACUCUUUGAAAUCGUCAUCCAGAAGAUGGUGGAUCGCUGGUCUGGCUCCAUCGAAGCAGGCGUCACCGCCAUCCGUCCAGAGGACCUGGAAUUUCCCAAUACCAUGACAGACAUUGACUACGAUACCUGGAUGCUGAGCGGCACCGCCAUCAUGCAGGACGGAAACACCAUGCGUAACAAUUAUGGCUGUGACUUGGACUCGCUGACCACUGGCUCGCGCAUCGGCAUGAUGCGCACAGCCAAAGGGGACUUGCAUUACUUCAUCAACAGCGUUGACCAGGGAGUGGCUUGCUCGGGGCUGCCCCCAGGGAAGGAGGUCUAUGCCGUGGUCGACCUCUACGGCCAGUGCGUCCAGGUGUCCAUCACCAGCUCCACCGGGCCCCUGGACAACAGCCUCUCCACCAGCAACAUCACGGAGAAAUCCUUCCCCAUCCACUCCCCAGUUCCUGGGGUGGCCCACCGCUUCCACAGCAGCUGCGGCAAGAACGUGGCCUUCCAGGACGAUGGGUGCCGGGCCAUGCGGGUGGCCGGUUUCUGCCACGGCAUCGUCUUCAGCAUGAAGGAAUUGAAGACGGAUGAAAUCUUCGAGGUGAAGAUAGACGAGCUGGAUGAAAAGUGGUCUGGGUCAGUCCACGUGGGUUUGACCACUCUGCUGCCCUCAGAUGCCUCUUGUAUGGCCACAGGGCUGCCCUCCUCUGUCUUGGAGCUCCGUGCCAAGGUGACCUGGCUGGUGACGGGCUCGGAGGUCCGGCGCAACGGCAUCCUGCAGAAGCAGAACUAUGGGUGUUCUCUGGAGCGUCUCGGGGUGGGGAGCCGUGUGGGCGUGAAGCACUGCACUGACGACACCAUGCACGUGCUGAUCGACGGAGAGGACAUGGGGCCGGCCGCGACUGGCGUGGCCAAGAAUGUCUAUGUGGUGUUAGAUCUCUAUGGCCGGGUGACGUCGGUUUCCAUCGUCAGCUCCACCAUGCUGGAAGAGGCAGAGGGCACCCACCCGCCCUCGGUCACCUCGGAGCCCUACAGCGAAGAGGAGGAAGAGCCCACGCCGUGUGAAAACGAUAUGCCCUCUGUGACUUCUUCCAUGGAAUUCCUUGAAAAUCACGGCAAAAACAUCCUCUUGUCCAACGGCAACCUGACGGCCACUCGGGUCUCCAGCUACAACCAGGGCAUUGUGGUGGUGGCUCCCCCUCUGCCACAGCAGCAGCUGUUCCAGUUCCAGAUAGACUCCCUCAACCCCCAGUGGACCGCCUCGCUCUCUCUCGGCGUCAUUGGCAGCUCUCCAGAGCGGCUCAACUUCCCGGCCACAGCCUGCUCUCUCAAGCGCUCCACGUGGCUGCUGCAGCGCGACUCAGUCUUCCACAACUCUCUCAAGAUCUGCGAGAACUACGGCCCCAACCUGGACACCUGCCCCGAGGGGACGCUGUUGGGGGUCCUGGUGGACGCCAGCGGCUGCCUUCACCUGUACAUCAAUGGCAUCGACCAGGGCGUGGCUGCGCAAGACAUCCCCAGUCCCUGCUAUGUGCUGAUCGAUCUCUACGGGCAGUGCGAGCAGGUCACCAUUAUGACCAAUGACACUCCUGCAGUGGGAGCAGAGGGCACCGACCCCCAAGGCCAGGGGGACAUGGAGAAGGCCGACAUGGUGGACGGUAUCAAGGAGAGCGUGUGCUGGACCCCUCCCGUGGACCUGAACCCCACCAAGAUUUGCGAGUAUCACGCCCUCUGCGCACGCUUCAAGGACCUGCUUCUCUUGCCAGAGGCUUAUUUUGCAGAAGACCCCAAGCUGAGCCUCUGCUACUGCGAGUCUUGCCACAAGCUCCGGGGCGACGAGGCCUAUUACAAGCGGGGGGAGCCUCCCCGGGACUACGCCCUGCCUUUUGGGUGGUGCCGCUUCAACCUCAGAGUGAACCCCCGUUUGGAAGUGGCCAGUACCUCUAAGAAGUGGCACAUGGCCUACCAUGGAACAAGCAUCGGAGCCGUGCGCCGCAUGUUGGAUCAAGGACAGUUGGUGCCAGGGAGCACGUCUAUUUUAAGCUGCCGCCCGGUGAAGGCCGACCCACAGGGAGGGGGCACUGGCAGCAGCGGCAACGGGGGGUACCUCGAGGCGGAGGAGAACAGCGUGCAAGGGCGCGAGGAGAUCCACCACGUCCUGCUGUCCCCCACGCUGCGCUACGCGGGGCUGGAGCCUUUCGCCACCAAAGUGCAAUUCAAAGACCCAAAGUCCCACCGGCAGCACUCCGCCCAGGUGGCCUUCCAGGUGUGCGUGCGUCCCGGCUCCUACAAGGUGUGCCCCCCGUCGCUGGUGGCCUCUGAGCCCGUGGACCCCCGCUUCAGCAGUGCCGAGAUCGAGUGGGUCACCAAGGAGAAAGGUGCUACUGUGCUGUUCGGGCUCCUCGUGCGUGUGGAGUGAGACCGGCCUGCCCUCCGCGGGGGACGCAGCAGCUUUUGCCAAAAACCCGCACUCCCCGUGGCCUGACCUUCAGCGAUGGCGCACAGACUGGGUGGAAGUGGCGUGUCUGGGGGGGCUCUUUUACGGCCAGCAGGCAUGCCAGAUGGAUUGGAGAGACUCAGAGGAGAGCUCUAGUGGGGGGGCAAGGGGGGCUGCCUGUGGGAGCUGUUUUCCUCCUUUUUUUUCUUUUGCACAGAGACAAGACAAGCUAAAGGGGAGGGGGGCUGGGAGACUGUUAAGAGCAUGAGUCGGGGUUGGGAAAGGAGGGGUUAUGUAGUUGCCACAAAAGGACUGUUGAAUUUUGGACCCGGGGGGGCUCUUUCUGGAACCCCCGGGGAUUUCUAUAUACUGACAUCAUUUCCCUUCCUGUCCCACCCCACUGCGGUUUGAAACACUUUUCCUAGCAUUGAUGCCUCUUUCCCUGGGAACAGAUUGGGCCAAGGGGUUGGGGGGGGUCCUCACCUUUUUCCUUGACGGUGACACCUGGCAGGCACUUAGGCAUGAACUGAGCUUGGGAGGGGCUCAUCCAGACCCCCUCCCCUCGUCCCCAAGCUGCUCUUCUGGAUUUCCAGGGCGGACCUAACGACGUCUCGGCUUCUUCAUACGUGAUGGUGCGUUUAAUCCCUUUGCCCCCCCAACCCCGCCUGGUUCAUUCUUAGGAGGCUGGGAUGAGGUUAGCAGGGGCCCAUGCAGCCAGCUUCCCUUUUUGCCCUCCGUGGAAAGUAGGGGGAGAGGGUGCGGAUUCCUAAUUUUGCAUCGGGCUUCGUGUGUUCAGAGGGUAGCCCACGCUUUUCCUCCUGCCCACGUCCACGUGAGACUGAUAAUCCCCCGUGCCCAUAAAGAAGCACACCUUAUUCAGAUUUCUGAGUUCUGUUGCUCUUACUCUCCCGGUCUGACAAAUGCUUGUCCCUGUUUAUGGGGCAGUGAGAUAUGUGUGCAGACACACAUUUUCCUCCCCCUUCCUUUAUUUAUUGAUGUGUUGAUCGUCAAACAAAUGUGAAUUUUUUUUAGGGGGCAAAGGAUGUAAGGCGCACGGUGCCCAUCUUCUUUCCCUUCGAUUUAUAUUUUAAAUGCUAUUUAUGCUGCUUCUUCACUUUAUUUGUUGAAAAUUUACUUUUUUUUUUUUACAUCUGUCUGAAGCUGUGUGGGGGUUUUGUUUUUUUGAUGGCUUCCCCCCCCCUUUUUGGACAAAAGUUACAAGAUUGUACAAAAGUUCCCCUUCCCUCCAAGGGUUUAUAAACCACAGUUCAACUGGUUUUCUGUUUGUGUCCUUAAUCACUCUCCCGCUACCCCCAAACUGGAUCACCACAAGCGGCUGCCACCCCACUGCAGCUUUCCUGACUCCCUUAUUUAUUUUAUUUCAGCCCAAUAUCCAGAAUUCUCUGAGUGGCUUAAAAUAAAGGUAGAAGUAAAACAGACCAAGAGAAAGCAUUUGUAUCGUAGCACCCACCUGAGGGCUGCACAGACUUCGCAAUGGCAGAUCCCACGGGCAAGCUUUGGGAUUCGCGCGAGAGGAGACAGGGUCUGUGAUUUUUGUGCAUUUUAUACCCUCCCCAAACCAGGGCAUAAAGAAUAAACAGUAAGUCACAAGCUGCCAAACAGACAGAUGUUGCUAGGAAAAAGAGCCCAGCCGGAGGGACGCAAGUAGAUCAGAUCAGGACCACGAGAUUGGCGAGGGUGGGCAAGGAGCAUCGCGCUUGUCCUGUCAUCGUUGUGCAAAUGAUGUCGCAACCCAGUGAGAUCACCAUGGCUCCUGGAUGCUUGUGCUGGAAGCGAUUUAGCCGUGCGUCACACAUAACGAGCAAGAUAAUCAAGUGCGCGGGAGGGAUGGCUGGCUGGCUGAUGAAUGGAGGCACAGCUGGUGGGAGACCAGUUCGAGUCUUCUUCAGCAGCUCCACGGGAAAGGGAUCUUGAUGUCAGCCCUUCAAGGUAGGCCAAGGCAAAAAACAGACAUUGCAGGGAGUCCAGAAAUGCAAUUUUACUGUAGUGCAGUGUUUUUCCCCCAGUUUGCAGGCUGACCGGGGGAAUUCUGGGAGUUGAAGUCCACGUCCUAAGGAUGCGGAGGUUGAGAAACACUGUAGGAGCAGUAUAGCGAAAGACUGAUUCUCACGCCUGCUUCAGCCUCUGGACCCCGUAAUCCCUUUUCCAUCCCUGCUCCGUGUGUUUUCAUGCCAAGGUCCUCUCUAAAUACCUUUACACUCAGCGGGGCCCAAUAUUCUUCCGUAUUCUCAUGAACAUGAUGAAGCGAUGGCGAUGCUUUUUAAAAAUAAUUGGCACCAAACCGAGCAUGGUGGCUAAUAUUCCAAACACCCUCCAAACCUUAAAAGGAUAGGUUAGAGAUGGGCCCAAAAUUGUUCACUUAGGAAGCAAAAAAAGAUGCACAAGUGUAGGAUGAGAGAAACCUGGCUUGGCUAUGGCAGGCGUGAAAAAGACAUUGAGAAGGUAGUCGGCUGCAACCUGCGUGCGAGUCGGCAGCGUGAACUGGCUGCCAAAAGGGCUAAUGCAGUUACAGAGUUUCCAAAGCAUCAGAAGGCAGAGAUCCACUCGAUUCUGCACCAACGGGAUCCCUGCUCCAGUGCCGCGUCCGUUUGCAGGCACCACCUUUUUAAGACUUGGAGAAACUGAUUCCAACGUGAUCCAGAGACAAGCAAUGGUCUUGCGAGGAGAGACGGGCUUAACCGUGUUUGGCCACAAGACGUGCCCCAGCAUCACACCAAGGCGGUCAAGACCCGUCCUCCCUCGUUCCCAAAUAGAGGAGGACUAAUGAUCUUCGGUUAAACGAAAUCUCCUUCGAGUCAAGUUCAACUCCCGGUGACUUCCUGGGCGCGUCAGAGAAGUUUUCUUGGCAGCGUAAAGGAAGCGGCGGGCCAAGGGCUUCAUCUUGUUCCUGAGAUCAUCCCUGAGAUUUCCUGAUGGCCCCCCAUCCAAGCGCUAAGUGGGUCUCGUCAAGUUACAAGAAGGCAGAUCCCAGCGUCCAGCUAUGAAGAAUCCCGGACAGAACAGCGGGCAAUCCAGAGAGGUCUCGGAGAUGCCCUUUCGCCGAACGUGUUUUAUCGGGGUGCCUGCACCAAGCAGGGGGCUGGAUGGAUGGCCCCAAGAGCCCCUUCCAGCUCCAGGUUCUCCUGAUCAUCCCCCCGAUAAAUGCGCCCCGUUUGAAGCUGUCUGGCUCGGGGGGGGGAGCCAAUCCCUCCCUUCCGGAUCAAGACGCGGGCAUUACUUAAGGUGGGCAUCAGCCCACCAGGCUGGGCAACUGAAGACAGCCCCCCCGUACCUGGGGUCAUGUCUGCAGAGGGCAUCUAGCUCAAAAACGGG